UCUCAUGUCACAGGCAGGUGAAUUUCUGCAGUUGUUUAAGACAAUUGGAUUUUGAAUGCACCACCCUUCUUGUCAUACACAUCAAUGUGGUUAGUCCAUUUCAAGUCAUUCAACUUUACAUAUUUUGCAUUUCAUCUAAUCCUCAUCUAAAUGACUGAAAAGAAGAGGCUGGACCAGAAAGAGAGUAUAAAUGAAGGCUUGAUUUAACCAUCCUACUCAAAGAACACCCUCUCAGGCUCAACUAGAUUCUCAGAGAGCAGUGGACAGAUAGCAAUCCAAAAUGCUGCAUCAUUUUCUGGUACUCUCUGCCCUUUGUGGCAUGAGCAUGACCAUGCCUUUACCUGAUUUUUACUCAUACUCCCCUGCUGCUGGGGACGGCAGUGGAACCGAAUUUUCCACUGCACACGAGGGUCGCAUCACUGGAGUCAGAGUUUAUGAAUAUCCCCACUAUGGAUACUACUCCAACAACUACAUCAAUGGGAUCCAGUUGAGAUAUAACAGUAACUGGACAGAAUUGGUUGGCAUUAACUCUUAUGGCAAUGAAAAGGAGAUGACACUCUUCGACAAUGAACAUUUUGUUCAGAUCUCUGGAAAGUAUUAUUCUGGUUACAUCAGUGAGCUAAUGUUUGUCACUAACGAGGGGCGCUCUUUUAAAGUGGGGCAGCCUUAUGGAAAUUCAUUUAACUUCUACCCGACCCACGAUGGAAGUGAACUACGUUUCAUCAGCGGUCGUCAGAAUGGAUUUUCCCUCACAUCCAUUGGGGCUCAUUGGGCUGUCUACUACAAUUCCACUUCAUAAUGUCAGAAAUAUCUCACAGGCUACACAUUAUGUGUGUAUGUGAGGAAAAGGUCAGUUAAAAAGUAGCAUAUUCAUGAUUUUCCUUGAGCUUUUUAUGAGGGAUGAAAUUUUGGAACUUUUUUGAGCUGUCAGCAUUAUUAAAAUGAUUUCUGGUUAAUAAUUUACUGAUUGAUUAAUUAAUUAAACACUGAGAAGACUGGAAUGAUGGAUUUUAUCCUGAAUUCUUUUUUUUUAUGUUAUUUUUUAUUUCAAUUUCACGCACUUUUAUUACACAGAGGUUGAUUUUUAUUAAAGCUAACUAUUAAACUUGAAGUGCUGAAGUUGAUUUUAAUUAAAACAACAGAUAAACGUUUUAUGUAAUAUGAAGAUCACAAUAAAACUGACUUAUUAAAACAUU